GUAGAGCCGUCAUGUGGCUGCCGUCGUCCUACCGAGAUGAUCCUCCUCAUACUACUCGCAUGCGUCACUACAAAUAUUGCUAUACCACUCGCGGAAAACAAAAAUGACACUAAGAUCGAACCACCUGUGCCACCGUCGAACUCUACAAAAGAAAUUCUCAAGGCCAGCGAAACUGGUGACCCGUCUAAAGUUGAGAUCGUCAAGCAGAUUCGCCGCCUGAAUGAAGACGGAUCUUACACUAUUGGUUACGAAGCGAAUGAUGGAACGUUUAAGAUCGAAAGUCGGGAUGUGCUUGGAAACGUUAAAGGUACGUUUGGAUAUAUCGCUGAUGAUGGUGAAAUCAAACGUGUGACAUAUACAUCUAAUGGUGAAAGCACACCUAUACCUGUGACAACAACUCCUACUACGCCAACGAUGGUAGUGAGAAUGAAUAAAACAGUUUCGUCUACAACUAGGAGACCGCUUGCAACUAUUGUGUAUCCAACACGGAGUAGUGCUACGACGAGAGGGACUGUUAUACAACCGAUACCAAGAAGAAGACCUGUAUCAUCUACAAGACCACCAACUGUUGAAGCAACAACAGAAAAGAUAAAACCCCUAGAGUCAACAACAAAUGUAUUGCACGCAUAUAGAAAAGAAGAUGCAAGGCCCGUGACACAAAUAUCGAAUCCUAUUUCAGCUUCAGUUUCAGAUGAUCAGAUACCGAAAUCAACAACAAAACCACCUACAACUUUAAAACCAGUGUAUGAAGAAGUGACAGAAAAGGCACCAGAAAUAAAAUCAAACGGAAUACGUCGUCAAUUAUCGAGCACCAGCCACAACCAUCACAUGGUGAGUCUGCAGCAAUCGAUGGGUGAUGACUCCACCGACGUGUAUGGAGGUCAUUUGUCUCAUGGAACUAUAAGACCAUUAUUUACAACAACCACAGCCCGUCCUAGGUUAAUACAAAUAAACCCAGUGCUACAUGCGAGACAGAAAAUACAACAAGAGUAUCAAGAGAUACCAUUACAACAUCAAGAAACCAACAUCGAAGCAAACACGGGCAGAAUAUCAUACGAUCAACACAACGUAGUGACUUCGAAUCCAGUACCGGUUGUUCAUAUUAACCCAAGAGAUCAUCCUGAAAGGUUCUACAACCAGCCUGUAUACCGCAGACCAGCUACUGUACAUUUCCGCACUGAUCAGUACUUACGUGACAACCCAGGAGCACCAAUACCCAUCGGCAACACGCGGCCCUUUCUCCAAUAUGAAUACGAGGACAAAGUACUGGAGCCGCGCAUUCUAAAGGACAAUACCCAGAAAGCAACCGUUCACGAUCCCGCGACAGUGCCGUACGAGGUGAGACCAGUGCGACUAAUCCCCAUUCCAGUAGACGAAAGGGGAGUUCCAAUACAAGGGUACCAAGCAAGGUUCGUGAAUCCUUAUCGUCAGCCCGUCCAACGUUACGAUCCAUACGAAGAAAUGCAUUCUAUCACAGCUCCAGUUAGCACGCGGGAUUUCAGACGCUUGCUCCAUAUUCUGAUGCUUCGGCAGAAUCGCCUGCAAGCGUUGAUGGAUCAGCUCAUGCCGAAUCCCUAUGUGCCACAGUACAGACAAGAUGAAUACCAACGGCGUUACGAUGAGGACAGAUACGACUACGACUACAGGCAAGAUUAUUCUAACCAGAAUUACGAGAAUCAAUACGAGAGUCAACGUUACGUACCUCGACGAAGAUAUAGACCAUACGAUACUGUUGCCUCUGCAUCUAAUAAUAUAGAGGAGCCAGAAUAUUUGCCGGUGGAAGUGAGAGAGGCUUUGUUAUUGAAAAUGUUGAUAUUAGCGAUAAAUCCAGACUAUAUUCCGACACCAGCACCCGCCACUGAGCUUACUACAGCAGCACCAAGGAAACAGGUGAGGAACAUUCAAAUUCUCGGUGAAGAAGGUGCCACAGAUAAUAAAUCAACGUAAUAAGUAUUUAAUACUCAAUAUAAUAGAUGAUAUUUUGUAAAUAGGUU